CUCUUACAGUUCUUGCUGGUUGCAUCUUUCUCUCAGACUGAGGAGCUGGUGUGCAGGCAGAGAGGGGAUCCUGAGAGCCCCCAGCUUUAUAAGGAUGGGGACAUUAUGUUGGGGGGAAUAUUCUCUUUCCACAGCAGCUGGAAAGACAGACAGGAUACCUACACUCAAAAACCACUGCCACUGCAAUGUACCAGUUUGAAUUUCAGAGAGUUCCAGUUUGCUCAGGCUAUGCUCUUUGCCGUAGAGGAGAUCAAUAACAGCACAGACCUACUGCCUGGAAUCUCUCUGGGCUACAAGAUUUAUGAUUCAUGUGGCUCCAUUGCCAGAAGUGUAAGGGUGGCACUGGCCUUGGCUAAUGGUAAUGAAGUGGCAUUGGCCCCGUCCGAGGCACCAUGUACCAGUCUUUCCCAAGUGCAGGCCAUUAUGGGAGAAACCUCUUCUUCUCCUUGCAUGGCUAUAGCUACUGUCAUCGGACCCUUUCAUAUCCCAAUGAUCAGCCAUUUUGCUACCUGUGCUUGUCUCAGUGAUAAAACCAAAUACCCAUCCUUUCUCAGAACAAUAGCCAGUGACUACUACCAGAGCAGAGCCCUGGCCCUGUUGGUCAAGCAUUUUGGUUGGACUUGGGUGGGAGCUAUUAGAACAAAUGAUGAUUAUGGCAAUAAUGGGGCAACAUUCACAGACACCGCCCAGUGGCUGGGCAUCUGUCUGGAGUACUCUGUAUCUUUCUUUAGAACAGAUCCACCAGACAAAAUACAAAAUAUAAUUGACAUUAUCAAGACUUCCACUUCAAAGGUUAUUGUUGCUUUCCUCUCGUACAUGGAUAUGGAUGUGUUAUUACAUGAGUUGUCACACCACAACUUGACUGGAUACCAGUGGGUAGGCAGUGAGAGCUGGAUAUUUGAUUCCCAAACUGCAGCAAUGGAUAGGGAUCACAUCCUGGAUGGUGCCAUAGGCCUGUCAAUCCCCAAAGCCCAUGUCAGUGGCGUUAGAGAGUUCAUGCUGGAUGUAAAGCCGCUCAAUUCAUCUAAUAAUGAAAUGUUUACAGAGUUUUGGGAAGCAUUAUUUAGCUGUAAGUUCAGGCAGUCGAAGUCAUCAUCAGGAAAUCAGAGAGAAUGUACUGGACAUGAAGAUCUGACUGGAGUGCAAAACAGCUUCACUGAUAUGUCGCUCAUGCAAAUCUUUAACAAUGUCUAUAAAGGAGUGUAUGCUGUGGCUCACACACUUCAUAUUAUUCUCAACUGUAACCAAACCUGCAACAACACAGUGAAGCUUGAUCCAUAUAAGAUUUUACAGGUCAUGAAAAAGAUUCAGUUCAAAACAAAGGAUGGAGAUGAGGUUUCUUUUAAUGAGAAUGGAGACCCUGCUGCAAAGUAUGAAAUUAUAAACUGGCAGCCAACAGAAAAGGGCAUUGUGGACUUUGUCACAGUUGGUUUUCAUGAUGCAUCUUUACCUGCUGACAAACAGCUGAAUCUGCAAAAUAAGUCUUUGAUUUGGGCCCAGAACUCACAACAGGUGCCUUUGUCAGUUUGCAGUGAAAAAUGUCCUCCAGGUACCCGCAAGGUUCUCCAAAAAGGAAAGCCUGUCUGCUGCUAUGACUGUUUAAGAUGUGCAGAGGGAGAAAUAAGCAACAUUACAGAUUCUAUCACCUGUGUGCAAUGCUACCCUGAGUUCUGGUCAAAUGAGAGAAGAGAUGCCUGUGUGAAGAAGGAGGCAGAGUUUCUAUCAUAUGAAGAGGUUAUGGGAGCACUGCUCACUGCAGCAUCCUUAUUUGGAACAUGCAUCACUAAUGUUGUGGCACUCAUUUUCUUCAGAUACAGAAAGACACCCAUUGUUAGGGCCAAUAACUCUGAGCUGAGCUUCCUGCUGCUCUUCUCCUUGACUCUGUGUUUCCUGUGUUCCCUGACCUUCAUAGGCCGGCCCACUGAGUGGUCCUGCAUGCUGCGACACACAGCAUUCGGCAUCACUUUUGUCCUCUGUAUCUCUUGUGUUCUGGGGAAAACUAUAAUGGUGCUAAUGGCCUUCAGGGCCACACUUCCAGGUAGUAAUAUGAUGAAAUGGUUUGGGCCUGCACAGCAGAAACUCAGUGUUCUGGGUUUCACUCUUAUACAAAUUAUCAUAUGUGUCCUAUGGUUAACAAUUUCUCCACCUUUUCCAUUUAAGAAUUUUAAGGAAUUCAAGGACAAAAUCAUCUUAGAAUGUGCUCUGGGUUCAGCUGUAGGCUUUUGGGCUGUCCUUGGAUACAUUGGACUUCUGGCCAUGUUAUGUUUUGUUCUUGCUUUUCUGGCCCGUAAACUACCUGAUAAUUUCAAUGAAGCUAAAUUUAUCACCUUUAGCAUGCUGAUAUUCUGUGCAGUGUGGAUUACUUUUAUCCCAGCGUAUAUCAGCUCUCCUGGGAAGUUCAGUGUUGCUGUGGAAAUAUUUGCUAUUCUGGCUUCUAGUUUUGGACUGCUCUUUUGUAUUUUUAUUCCGAAAUGUUAUAUUAUCCUACUGAAACCUGAGAAGAAUACAAAAAAGAACAUGAUGGGGAGGAAGGCACCAAAAUGA